CGCACACAGAACACGUGCCUACGGUCUCAAGCUGCAUAAACACGUAAGCCAGUGGAAUGUGAGGUGAUAUUAAAGUGUGUGAUGUUGUAAGGUGAGCAGUAAUGGAUGGCGAAAAUCGUAUAAUUUUGAACGUUGGCGGAAUUAGAUACGAAACUUACAAGGCCACCUUGAAGAAGAUUCCCGCGACGCGCCUCUCCCGGCUCACGGAGGCUCUAGCUAAUUACGACCCCGUUCUCAAUGAAUACUUCUUCGACAGACACCCUGGCGUGUUCGCACAAGUCCUCAACUACUAUAGAACUGGAAAACUCCACUAUCCCACAAAUGUCUGCGGUCCUUUGUUCGAGGAGGAAUUGGAGUUUUGGGGACUGGACUCCAACCAGGUGGAACCCUGCUGCUGGUCUACAUACAGCAUCCACAGAGACACACAAAAUACCUUGGCUAUUCUGGACAAAUUGGACAUCGACAGUGAGAAACCUUCGGAGGAGGAAAUCGCCAGGCUUUUCGGAUACGGGGAAGCUUACUUGGCUGGUGACGUGGGGACUUGGCAAAGAGUCAAGCCAAGGGUGUGGGCCCUUUUCGAUGAGCCGUCAAGCUCCCCAUCAGCAAAGGUGAUAUCGGCAAUAUCCGUUUUCUUCAUCUGUGUGUCAGUUCUGAGUUUUUGUCUGAAGACACAUCCUGAUCUUCGUGUGCUGGAACCAUUAUCUUUAGAAGAUAUUGAGAACACUACGGUCGUGGUUGCUAGACCGUGGCAGGAUAAUGGUCAGCCCCACGUGGCUUUCUUUUACAUCGAGUUGGUCUGCAACGUAUGGUUCACCAUAGAACUGUUGGUUCGAUCCGUGGUCGCACCAAAUAUUAUUGAAUUUGUCAAAUCCCCGGUGAACAUAAUCGACUGCAUUGCCACAUUGAGUUUUUAUAUGGACGUUGUGGUUGAGCUGACUGUGGUCAAAAGAAAUUUAGAUAAAGCUGACAUCCUCGAGUUCAUAUCCAUCAUAAAGAUCCUGAGGCUAUUUAAGCUGACUAGACACAGCCCCGGCUUGAAAAUCCUCGUCCACACAUUCAAAGCCUCUGCAAAGGAGCUUACCUUGUUGGUUUUCUUUCUUGUGCUUGGCAUUGUGAUAUUUGCCAGUCUAGUGUACUACGCUGAGAAAUCUCAGGAUAAUCCAGACAAUCAGUUCAAGUCGAUUCCCCUCGGGCUCUGGUGGGCGAUCGUUACCAUGACGACGGUGGGCUAUGGAGACAUGGCGCCCAAGACUUAUUUGGGGAUGUUCGUGGGCGCCCUCUGUGCGCUGGCUGGCGUGCUCACUAUAGCGUUGCCAGUUCCUGUCAUUGUAUCAAAUUUCUCUAUGUUUUAUUCACACACGCAGGCGCGGUCAAAGCUACCUAAGAAGCGUCGCCGAGUUUUACCUGUAGAGCAACCUCGAAGAAAACGUGACAUCAGCGCCUCCAACCGCCGUGUGAACGCCGUGAAACAUCCCGUUGUACUGAAAGAUAUCCCCGUCAACAAUAAAUUUGGUGUUAACGGCAUGAACAUGAUCAGUUUGGCCCUUCAGGGUCCUCCAAACCUUCUACGUCCACCACCAACCACCCUGCCCCUUCAGGCUAGAGCACCCAUAGUUGAGAGUCCGAUUAUCAACACGCAGUGCGGUGCCAUAUCUUUGGCUUCGUUGCAACCACCUUUGAUGACCGCCCCGCCCCUGCAACCACGCCCCGCAACCACCGGCUCCUUAGAUCUAAUGUUACCUUUACAACCAAAAUUACUACCCGGUUACAAUUUACAAUCAUCGUUUCUAACCAGUACCCUAUCAACUGUUCGUCCACCAGACUUACCCAAGAACGGUAAGACAGAAUAUUACAGACCAAGUGUUGAAGUUAUCGUUGAACAAGAAACUGCAGUAGAUACAGUGACAGCAGGUGAUAGUGAAAAAAUAGAUAGUGUAAAUAAUAUAGAAGAUAAUGAAAACAAUAUAUUACAAGAUGCAAAUGAAGCUGAUGACAAAGAUGAAAUAAACUCAAAUGUUAUAGAUAUAAAUACAAUCGACACUAGUCUUAAAUGUAGUUCAAACGAUAACAGCUCGAAUAACAAUUCUCAUUAAAAUAUUAAGUGUUUACUUAAAUCCAAAAUGUUAAAAAAAAUAAAAAUAUAAAUAUUGUAAGAUGUUGAAAUAAAUUUGUCAUUAAAAUAAAUUUGUUAUAUAUAAUAAACUGUAAAUGUUUAAGUUAGUACGCUGGCUAUUGAAAUAUUAAAACGACGAUCAAGUUCGAUAUAUUUGAGUAGAAUCUUAUAAACCUUGAAUAAUUUUGACCAAACUAAUGUAGCAAAUAGUUAUUAGAAUGUUUUUGUAUAUUUUGUAUAAUGAAAGACGUAACAGUGAUCAAAUUGUACAUUUAUGUAAAUGAUAGCUCAUUUGUAUUUUCUAUUAAUACAAUAUAACAUGUACAGGAGUUCUGUCUAUUGUCAGUUAUAAAUUUUAUAUGGAAUUAAAAAUAAUGAUAGAAGUAAUUCUUUGAACAUUUUAGGUCUUAGAUUUCGCCAAAAAAACAUUGCAUCUAUGUAUCUAUCUUUAAAGUUGCCAAAAGAUAUUGUAUUUGUGUUAAUUUAAUGAUUAAGACGACGGAUUAAUUGAAUAGCCUCUUAUAAAAAGCGAAUUACUAUAGUAGAAACUUACCUUGUUGUAUAUUGAAGUUAUUUCAAUUUCUGUAUUAAAGUAAUAAUUAAGAUGGUGAAAUGUUUAAGAACGUAUGUUACGAACAACCAUUUCAAUAAAAUCAUGAUUUACCGUUCAUACAAAAAACUAUGUAAUUUUGUUUUGCUAUUAUCUUUAUUAACAUGCUCUUUAAUGUGUGUUUCAUUUAUUGGGUAUAAUUUAUCUUACUCAUGCAUAUUUAUUUAAUAAAUAAAACAUUCUUCCUUUCAUCCUCAUACGUUUACUCGAGUUCUUAGCUCGAAAUUAUGCGCCCUCUGGGUAUUCACAAAAAUUGGAUUUACUUGGAAAACGGAAGCUUAAAUAAGCUAAUAAAUGUGCCAAAACUAAACUAGGUAAGUUAUCAUGACAGUUAAAUAUUUAAAAAGUGUUUAAAUGUUGGGUUAGUUUUAUUUUCAUUACAAUAUUUCAUAAUUUAUUAGACUAUAGUACUUCAAGUUACUAAUGAUAGCUCACCUUCCUAACCUAAUGUAAUAUAAAUUUACUGUCGAUAUUAACUUUGUAGUCAUUGAAUAAGUGUGUCGAAUCUAGAAUUACAUAUUUUUGUAAGAAA